AGAAGUUUAUCUCAGUCUGUCUGUGUCUGACAGUCACUUACAAACCGUGAUCUAGUAAGGUUGAAAUGAAAACAUCUCACUAAAAGUGUUCGAACUAAAGUAGCCAUCAUGCGGUUGAUAUUUUUAAUAAUAUCUCUUCCAAGUUUAUUUUGUGAAAACCCCGCAAGAUUUCGAGUUCAAAUAUCUAACUCAGUUCCUUUAGAAAACUGUACAGAAACACUUAAACGGCUCCAGGAUGUUUUGGUUUCAAGUUUCUCCGGACUGAAUGAUCUUGGAUUAGGACAUGAUAUCUCUAAUAUUGAAAUCAGUUUACCUAAACACUGGAGACAGGCUGCUUGUCAACCUGGAAGGACUGUUUUAUCCACCCGGAUAUCUGGAGCUAAACCCAACCUUAUCCUGCAACAUCAAGGAGCUGAACCUUACUCUCUUCAACCUCGUGGUUGUGGAGCUCAGGGUUUAGGUGUAUCACUACCUCUCUCUGCACUGAAUAAACCCAACCUGGAGAGUACAGUGAUGACACAACUAAUAAACUCUAGGUUCGGAGUAUUUCUCCAAGAUUAUGAAUCCCUAACUCAGGUUCUAAAUGAUACCAGCUAUGAUGGGAUAAGUAGGACGGAGCAAAAUAUAAUCUGCGAAGGCCGGAACCCUCUAGAUAUAAUUGGUACCCGGAGUCAACCUGUCAACUUUACUCAACCUGAGUUCAGAUAUGUUGUAGAAGGAGAAGAACAUUAUGUUCUAGUUCUAGAUCAAACCAGUAUCAUGGAUAUCAACCAAAGAUGGAUAAAUAUCAAGAAAUCUUUUAAUAGGUUUAUAAAUAAUCUCAAGGAUGGAACUAUGUUGAGUAUUAUAACCUAUGGUAGAGAAGGUAACCUAGUUUUACCUCCUACAGUAGUUACACAUACUAAUAGAGAAGGUUUACAUGGAAGAAUACCAAGAAGAAUAGAAGAAUCUAAUGAAACAUGUUUAUCAUGUGGGAUAAAACUAGCCAAGGAUAUAUUAGCUGGAAGCUCUGGAUCCAUUAUACUUGUAACUGGAAACUUGUAUUCUAAUCUCCAGGUAGAUGAUAUAACUGAGAUAUAUACAGUUCUAUAUCCAGAAAGGGAGGAAACCAAUAUUGGAACAGUUUAUUCUAUUCUUGAAGAGAAUACUGAGAUUCCACUAAACCAACUUAAUGAAGUACUUAUUGAUAUAAUGAACAGAGUUGAAGAAGAUACUCUUGCAAAGAUUCAUGAGUCUGAUCAUCUCUCUUAUGAAUUCUCUGGAACUUUUAUUGUGGAAGAAAACCUAAGAGAAGAUAUAACUGUAACUCUAACAGUUGAAGAUGAGCAGAAGAUAGAAUAUUUUGAAGUUAUUGAUCCAUCAGGACAAAAGAAUAUAUUCUCCAAGUUUGAGGACGGGAUGGUUUUACUCCGGUAUAGUGGAUUAAGUGAACCAGGAAUAUGGACGUAUCAUGUUAAACUGUAUCCAGAGGCAGGAUUACCAGGAACAAGGAUGCUUGUUGAUGUGGUAGCACGAGGAAAAGAGAAAGAAAUAAGGAUUGUAGGAAUACAAACCUUGAAGGUUGACAACUUCUCCACCCCUGUACAGAUACUGGCUAGGGUUGAGAGAGGAGAAGAACCAGUUCAUGGAGCUGAGAUCAGAGCUAUUGUAUCCGGACCUAACUCUGAUACAGAAAUAUUACUCAAGGAUACAGGAUACUCGGAUAUCAAGGAAGGAGAUGGUGUAUAUUCUGGAUAUUUGUCUGUAUUCUCCAGUAUACCUGGAUACUAUACAGUGAGAAUACUUAUUUCGGAUAAUAACGGAAGAUCAUUUACUCUGUCAGAGGGAGCUCCGAUACCCACUGGUUCAUAUCGGAGAUAUGUUGCUGCUCCGUCCUUCUUUGUCAAGGUUGGAGUAGUACCUGGAGAAGAUAUAAUUCCUCCGUCCAGAGUAUCUGAUCUGAGUUUAACCCUGCUCAAUUCAUCCUCCUACCUAGAGAACUCGGAGCUAUCUGAACCUGAACUUGAGAACUCUACAUCUCUGAACCUAGAGCUAAGAUGGACUGCUCCUGGAGACAACUAUGAUGAAGGAAGAGUGGAUAAAUAUGAAAUAAGAUGUCACACCAAUCCUUUAGCCUUGUCUGAAGAGAACUUUACUAGUCAAGGUAUCCUUGUAAAUCAGGGUACAACCUUGAUAUCUCUAGGUUCAGGAUCUAUACAGAGAAUAUUAACCCGGGUUCCUUGGACCAAUGAACUAUUCUACUUUGCUUUAACAUCAUUUGAUGUUGCUGGGAACAGAGGACGUAUAAGUAACCUUGUUCAAGUAUAUGUUGAUGAAGAUACUGAUUCUGAUAUUACUAAGAAGGAUGAAGAGAUACAAGAAGAACUUAAGCUUGGUAAACUCAGCUGGUUUCUUGAUAAACAACAGAUAUAUAUUGUAUCAGGAGUAGGGGGUGGAGUUCUUCUAAUCAUAGUUCUUCUUAUCCUUGCUCUUAUCCUUAGAGCUAAACGGUUAAAGAGAAGUAAAACACAGUGGGUUCAGGAUACAUAUGAAGCUGGAUUUACUCCGGAAACUAAGGUUGAGAGAGUUGAGACGGAGAGUGGUAUUUACAGUUGGUUAGAAUCAUUGCCUAGAUCUGAGUCUGGACAAAAGAAAGGAUUUGAGGAGGGAAGUAAUAGCUCCAGACCAACUACAAGUACAGAUGAUUCUAUCUCAGAUUCAGGGGAGCACAGACAGAGCAAUGAACAGCUCCAGCCCUAUGGACAACCUGGAGAAGAGGAACGUCCUGAGGAACUUUCUCAUGAUGAUUACGCCCAGCAGGUUCUGACCAGAUCCUUGUACUACUACAGCUUCAGAGGAUCCGUACCUGGAGCUGUACCUGGAGCAGGGUUGAGGGUAAAUCCAAACAAUUUUAUUACUCCGGGAGGAGACACCAGUAGAAGUAAUCUAGACGAAUACCAACCAAACAAUCUUGGGAGAAAGAAGAGACAUGAAAGUGUUGUUUGAACCUUUAUAGUUUCGUUUUUGUGUCGUCCUUUUUUUGGCUGUGAUAUGUGAAAUAUAUAGUUUUUAAUCUUUAUUUAAUUAAUAAAUUAUUGUGAAUUAUA